GAUUGUUCUCCGGUAUGAGGACAGGGAAACGUAUCCCACGCUUGCAAAAGCGCUCUCCCAUGUUGCGUAGCGGAGAGGACUCGCCACAGCCAAAGAGCGCUCUGCUGUGAGAGCGAAAGUGUCAGAGUUGCGGUAGCUCAGAAAGUGCAUUUGGCUGCGUUCGUCAGUGGACACUGCGCUGACCAAGAGGAGUAGGAGCUGGAUAAACAUUUCAGAAGCCAGUCGAGGUGACCUAUAGAAAAACAACGCACAGGAAAACAGGAGGCUAUUGUCAGGAAAGGUGCAACGAAAUAUUUAAAUAGACUUGUGAGCAAUGCACUGGCAGCAUGGCCAGAUGGUUCAGGGAACACCUAGGAUUCAAAACUACCAAAGCACCACCUCCGGCGCCCCCAAAACCAGACUACAGAUAUUGUCACGCCGCUGUGACCGGUACGCUUGGCUACCAACAACCAAGCUCCGGGGCCACCUCUCUCUAUCCAAGCCCCGCACAGCCGGACAUUCUUGCUGCUUACAAACUACAAAAGGAACUGGACUUCGAAGAUCCGUACACGGGAGGAGGAAAUGUUUCGUUUGGAACUGGUCUGGGCUCUGGGGGGUCGCCGGACAUAAAGUAUGUGUCACCAAAGCACCGGCUUAUAAAGGUGGAAACAAUCGAGAAAAGCAACUCUGCUCCGGGCAGCAGUAUCAUAGCCCAAGCUGUUGCUGUUGGGAACGUUAAAUCUCCCACGUCACCGCCUCCUGAAAAUGAGAAUAAAGAAAAGCUCAUUAUCCUGGAUGACUAUGCAGACCCGUUUGAUGCAGAGCAGGACGGGGGGACCCAGGCCACCACCGAGAAGGUGACCCAGGCCAGCACAGAGAACGAUGGCUACAUGGAGCCCUAUGAGGCCCAGAAGAUGAUGGCAGAGAUCCGCGGUGGCCGGGGACCUAAGGAGGGGUCACUGAGAUCACUGCCCCUGUACGACACGCCCUACGAGCCAGCUGAGAACGGAGGGGACUCGGACGGCGAGCGUCCCCGCUGCCCCAGAGAGAGUCGGCUACCGCAGGACGACGAGAGGCCCCCGGAGGAGUACGACCAGCCCUGGGAGUGGAAGAAAGAGCGCAUCUCCAAGGCCUUCGCAGGUACGAGAGCACUAGAGAUUAAAGUAAUCAAGGAUCUGCCGUGGCCCCCUCCUGUUGGUCAGCUCAACCACAGUCCUGCCCUGGUCCUGCUGGAGGGGGUGGAGUCACCCCCCGCUGUGCCCCCCCAGCCAGCCCAGCACUCCCCUGGACACACUGCCUGUGACCAGCACCACCAUGUCCAGUUUGAAGGGGCGGAGAAGUCCAGAAUGUCGCCCACCAGGGAGGGUAAAGGAGGGCGUCCACCCCGCAUCCACUCCAGUUGCUGUCUGGUCAACACCAAGAUGACCUCUCUGGACCACUGCAGUGCUGCUCUGGGGGAACGCAUUGACCCCUCCAUGUCCCUGGAGAGCCAAUUCUGGUACCAUGGAGCGAUCAGCAGGACGGAUGCAGAGUCUCUGCUGAGGCUGUGUAAGGAGGCCAGCUACCUGGUGAGGAACAGUGAGACCAGCAAGAACGACUUCUCCCUCUCACUCAAGAGCAGCCAGGGCUUCAUGCACAUGAAGCUGUCGAGGACGAAGGAGAACAAGUACAUCCUGGGUCAGAACAGCUGUCCCUUCGACAGUGUCCCUGAGAUCAUCCACUUCUACUCCAGCCGCAAGCUGCCCAUCAAGGGGGCCGAGCACAUGUCCCUGCUCUACCCCGUGGCCAUCAGGACACUAUAGUGACACGUCCUUCCCCAAAGGUCACACAGGGGUCAGGGGUCAGAUGCCCUCUCCUGCCACCUCCCAUGGGAAACCCUGUCACUCUGCCUUUCUCCUUCUGUAUGAUUGGUCUGAAGGACAGAGUUCAAGUUGGCGGAGGAGGCAGGGAUGAUGAUGAUGAUGAUGAUAACACAGCUCACCUGUCAUCACCCACCUGAUCCCAGACCAGCUAUUAACUUUUUGUUUGUACUUGCUACAACAUUAUCAUUGCAUCAUUGACUGACACAUUAUCUGCUGACGAGCAUUGUUUCACUGAUCCCACAGCUGCUUCCUCAACAGUACCACUCUGUACCAAUCUCCUCCACACAAGACCUGUUCAUAUUGGAUUUGGCUCCAUGUUAUGCUGAAAGUGUUUAUUUAGUGAGGGAAAGCUAAAGAUUGUAAUGUCCUUUAUAAAGGAAGUGGGGAAGGCACAUUAAUGUAUUGGAGUUUGGUUAUAUAUGGGCACUCUACAGUGGCCGGCAAACUCAAUAAACCUGCCCUGUGUGAAUACUUUCCCCAUCAGUGCAACAACAGUUUAGUUUUUAAGUGCUGUAAGGUCUACAGACUGACAUCUGUCUCUGUCUAAUCCCGGGACUGUAAUUUCUUAUAUCCUUCACCACGGGUGACCCAUUGGUAGGACAGUCUAAGUUCAGCUCUGGUUUGACAGUCAGCAGACUGAUAGAUGGAUAACUAUGUUACACAGCAGUAGCACCAUUGGCUAAAUGAGCCAGAGAUGGGUGCCUAGUCUCAAAAUGGGCUAAAUUACCUUCCCAAUCUGCCAUCAUCUUUGUAUGGGUAGAAUGGAAUAUGCCUGCAUUGUCUACCUCAGAAAAUCAAUUUCAUUCGUGAAUCUGCAGAUCAAUAGGUACAAUGGGAUUGCAGAUAUUGAUCCAACCCCCACCAUGCAACUCCGAUUCCCAACAAAUUGCAUCUAUGGUUUAAGAAUAUGUUUUUGCAUAAACCAGUCAAUCAGAUAAUGUUUUUGUUUGUUUUUUUAAAAACAACAUUUUACAGAUCAGCAUUUGUAUGUAUAGUCACUAUGAAAUUGUGUGAUGUCCGUAACAAAUGUUUGGUUAAAUGCCUUAUAAUGCAUGGGUUGAAUCAGUCGGAUUAGAUCCGCUGAUUUCUAGAGUUCUGCUUCUUUCAACGAUUGUUCUGUGACUGUAAUUUAUUCUGGGGUAAUUCUUCUUAUUGCAGAUGUGUUACUCCUCUCUGUGAAGGCCUGCCUCGUGGCAUCCAGCCCUCACUAUUCUCUGCCAUGUGAUCGUGUUUGGCCAGAGCUUGAACACCCCGGACCUGGUCUCAUAUACUGUGGUGCUUCGCUUUGUGUUUUAGUCAGUUCUGCUUCAUGUGUCCAACUGCCUCUGUGGCCUGACUCUGACUCUGAGACACUGAUGAGUGAUGGUGUCUCGUGACCAAUGGGAUUGUCCAGCCUCACAUAAAGACUGUCUGUAGAAGCCCCAUGGACCAAUCGGAGGAUUCCAUUUUCCUGGAUGAGCUCAGACCUCCAGUCUGUCAUAACCCAUCUAUUUGUUGGAAUUAUUUAAUACACACCUUGACUUCUCCCCUGAACUAGAGGGAGUGACGUGUCCUUUAAAAUCUAAAUGUUAAUAAGGAGAGUGCUGAAGCAUGCUAUGCAAUCCCAUAGCC